UGUGGUGUUUGCUGAGAAGUGGGAGGGAAGUUUACACUGUGUAAGUGUGUACUGUGUUGAGGCGAUUUUUGGUUUGGUGUUUUUGUCUGAUGAUCUACAUCUAAAAUACUACAAGAUUAUUGCCUUUACAAUGGCAACACUUGAUAGACAAACAUUUCAGAAAGAGGUUGCAUCAAUGCGAAAUGAAAUUGAGAGGAAUAGAACUGGCCUUUUCCAAAAAUUAACAAGGGCUGCAAUAAAAUUCAAAACAAAAAGUGCUCCCGAAGAAAAAUCAGAACAUUAUAAGCAAAAGGCUCAGCAAAUAAUAGAAGAAGCAGCAGAAGGAAAGAUGUUAGAUAGAGAUGAUAUCAUUAAAUUUUUGUUAUCCCAUACAGAAGAAGAACUUGAACAGUUACUUAAGGAUCCCAAUUUACAACCUGAUGUAAAGUUCAAAGCAAAAAUGGGUCUGCAAUAUCCUUCACUUAGAAGUACUAUAAACCACUUCCAUAAUAGGUAUCCAGCAUGGAAAGAAAGUUUACCAGAUCUGUUGAAAGAAUACAACCAUAAACCACCAUUGCAGAAAAAGGUGACAGAAUUAAAAAUAAAUAAUAAAGCUCAAAGGAGUGCGGUAAAAGAGGAUUUUUCUGAAUCACUGAUAAGUGAUUAUUGCAAUAAUUGGUCUGUGACAGAAGAUUUAGAUAUAACUCUAGUCCUUAAUACAAACAAAAAGCGCAUGAAUAAAUUCGAUGAUAAUUCAAAAGGAAUGAAUCAAUAUGGAAAGAAAGGGAAAUUUGUUCAAAGAAAACCAUGUUCUAAAAUGAUGGACUUGCAACAAAAACAUACAAACUCAGAUUUUGCACUAAACAAAAGAUUUGAUAAAUUUGAUAAAACGUCAAAUAAAUCUUUUACAAAAAAUAAUGAUUUUAAAUAUAUAAAAACUCUUAAUUCUCCUGAAAAAGAUGCACUUUCCAAAUCAUAUGAUGCUGGCAUGAGUACUAAUGGUGACAGUGAGAUGAUGGUUGACAAAACUGGUUCUGAAAACCAAACGAACCCUAAUGAAACUGUGCCAGUCAAGAAAAAUCCUAGUUCCGAUGUUGAAAUGAAAGUAGAGGAAUUAAAGGCUGAUCCUUUUUUCAUGACGAAAGACAAUAAAGACUACAUGACCUCAUCCAAAGUUGAACUACCCAAAAGUGAAAUACAUGAAGACAAGGCUGAUAAUGAAUUGAAGUCAUAUCAUUUGAAAAAUUUUAAGAACAUGAAUCAAAAACCUCCAUACUUUAGUGACCAGAAGCCAUUUGGCAAUAAAUUCAAUAAGCAAGAUUAUUCAAAUCGGUUUGGCAAUAAAUUCAAUAAGCAAGAUUAUUCAAGUCGGUUUGGGCAAAAUAAACCUAAGUUUAACUCAAGACCAACGUUCAGACCAGGUGGAAACUGGAAUGGAAAUUUUAAAAAUAAUCAAAACCCAAAAACAAGAUAUGUAAAGCUUCAUCCAUCAUGGGAGGCUAAAAAGAAACAAAUGGCAAGCCUAACUGAAUUCAAAGGUAAUAAAAUAGUAUUCAAUUAAAACUUUUGAAAUUUUCUGUUAAAGUGUAAAAUGUAUGUAUACAUACAAUAAUACAGAAUUUUAU